UACUCUAUACUAUAGCAGUCUUGUUCGCAUUGUCUGCUUUGCCUAUAUAAGCCGCAAUCCAAGUCGCUUCCUUUGUUAACGCCUUCUUGGCCUCGGUUUCCAUCUGUUGUUUUUCAUUUCCCGAGUCAAGUCGGUCAAAUCCAAAUCAGUAUGGCGAUUAUCUCAGAUUAUCAAGAAGAGGAACGCGAGAUGAAGCCAGCCGCGUCACCUUCCUCCUCGUCGUCUAAAACAUUGCCGUUUAACGCGACGUUCGAUCCGAAAAAUCCAAUAGGGAUUGUGGAGAAAGUGUUCGAGUUCUUGUUGACAGAAAGCGAUUUUAUGGCUAGAGACUCGGCUGAGAAAGAGAUCGUGGCGGUGGUGAAGGCAGCAAAGGAGAAGAGUAAGAGGAAGACAGCUGAAGCAGAGAGAGAUAAGGCUGCUGCUUUGAAGAAGGUAAAAGAGGAAGUGAAAGCUGAGGUCAAACAAGAGAAAAAGGAAGUCAAACAGGAGCGGGAAGUCAAACAGGAGCCUACGGAGAUCGAGAAGGAGGAAACCGGUCCUAGAGGUAUCAAUAUCGAGAAGGAGGAAACCGGUCCUAGAGUUCCAAACAAAGGUAAUGGCCUUGAUCUGGAGAAAUAUUCUUGGACACAGACCCUGCAAGAGGUCAACAUACAAGUUCCAGUCCCUCCUGGAACUAAAUCAAGGUUUGUUGUAUGCGACAUAAAGAAAAACCAUCUAAAAGUUGGACUGAAGGGUCAGCCUCCAAUAAUUGAAGGAGAACUAUACAAGCCUAUCAAGGUUGAUGACUGCUACUGGAGCAUUGAGGACCAGAAUACGAUCUCAGUUCUUUUGACGAAGCACGACCAACUGGAAUGGUGGAAGUGCUUGGUGAAAGGAGAUCCUGAAAUUGAUACUCAGAAAGUUGAACCUGAAAACAGCAAACUAGCUGACCUGGAUCCUGAAACAAGGCAGACUGUUGAAAAGAUGAUGUUUGAUCAAAGACAGAAGUCUAUGGGUCUCCCAACCAGUGAUGAAAUGCAGAAGCAGGAGAUUUUGAAGAAGUUCAUGGCUGAGCAUCCUGAGAUGGAUUUCUCAAGGGCCAAGAUAUCAUAGACGAGGACUUUUUAGUAUGGCAGUUGUGGGUUUAUAAACUGGGUAGGGGCAUCUCCUAAUUUUGUGGAUUUCUUUUUUCUUGGGCCAGGGAUGUGAACUUUGGGCUCGGAGUGCUAUAAACUCUGUUAAUAGUUUCAAGUUAAAAAUUUUGGAACCAAUAUGCUAUGCUCUAUAGUAUGGAAUUUAGUUAAAACACAGGCUUUUGUGGUU